AUGGUUCAGAAUGUGGUUCUGGUGUUUUUUCGCAGGAGACUCAGCCAGAGACCAAAUGUGGAAGAGUUGGAGAGUCGGAAUAUCCUAAAACGUGAGUUGUAAAACUGUAUUUCUAUUUUAAUAUCUGCUCUUUUUAUAUAUAUAUUUUCAUUAAGCUAUGUGAAAUGUAUGCGCAAUUUCUGAAUGAAUCUACCAAGGUAGACAAAAUGCCUACAUAAAUGUAUUAUGAUAAAUACAUUCACUCAUGUAAAAUUCAGGAGACGAGCGGAACAGAUGAGCGCACAUUGUCUUUCAACAUACAUAACCUGACUUGAUGUUGGCGAAAAUGUUGGUGAUGUUGGGAAUGGCAUUCUCAGGAGUCAGGCCAUUUUAUUAGGCUACUCAGUCAAAUGGGUUGAGAAAUGUGUUUAGAAUACUGAGCAACAGCACAUAUUAUUUUGGGUAGGCUACAGCGUUGUGUUUCUCUUACAUAAGCAAUUUAAUUUAGAGUUCUUUGGGAAUUUGGAUCUGACCCUCAGUGGAACAAGAUUUACAAUCCUGUAAGGAAUUAUGUUUUAAACUUUAAAAUAUAUCCCCAUGGAUUAUACUUCAUUCGUAAUGUCUGAAGCCUAAUCGGUGUCUCUACAGUCACAGAGUUGAACACAGUGGGACACUCGUUCACCAGUAGAUAAGGUUUAGGGUCAAACAGUGACAUCACUGUUAUGUGGAUUAGAGGGAAAACCGUGACGAAAACAAGUGGCAUCAUUAUUGGGAAAUGUGUUUGCCAAACAAUCAAGUGGUGUCUUUGUCAUAUCACUCAUUAUUUUCUUCUCCUUGGUUUACAGAGAGAAAUGACCAGACAGAACAAGAAGAGAGGAGGGAGAUCAAACAGCGGCUCAACAGAAAGGUAUGUUGCACCAUUAUUUUACUCAUUAAUUACUUAUUAUUAUUAUUAUUAUUAUUAUUAGUGUAAUAAUACACCAUUACCAUAAUGUAACCUGCUGACAUCGGAUUUCUUCUGACUAGUACUUGUUCUGAUUGUAUAUUUUUUGUUAGUCUCAUGCUGUGCACUAGAUAAAUAUUUGGAUAAGAACAUAUAAAUAUGCACAUUUGUCCUAAAAGACCUUGUAUGGCAAAAUCGUUACUUUUCUGGGAGCAGCAUUUCAAUGCAAAACCACGCAUGAAUACAGGAAAAAGCCAAACAUGGCCAGCUAAUGUAAUCCUUAUUCAACCAAACACAAUGCCUGUCAAAUGACUGUACUCAUUCAUACCAAUGCCUCUCCGUUCCCAUUGUGUAUUUCAGCUCAAUCAGCGGCCCACAGUUGACGAGCUACGGGACCGAAAGAUUCUCAUCCGUUUCAGCGACUAUGUAGAGGUGGCCAAAGCUCAGGAUUACGACCGAAGAGCAGACAAGCCCUGGACCAGGCUCUCUGCAGCCGACAAGGUGUGUGUGUGUGUGUGUGUGUGUGGAAGAGUGUCAUCUGUGUCAAAAACAAGGAUCCCUCCUGCAGCAUCUCUUCUAUUUCACAGUCCACACAAAAUUCACCACUUAAAGUGACUGGCACAUACCCUUAUCAGAGCAUGUUGUGAUGCAAGUUAUUGUGACAUAGGGCCUAUUUAUUAAAGGCCUAAAAGUAUUGAGUUCUGGAACUGUGAAAACAUACUGUUGUCCUGGCUGCCACCUCCAUAGCACCAGCAUAUCUCACUGUUUUCUAGCUAGCUAGCUUCAGCUUGCUUUAUUUCUCACUCCAUAUCUCAGACCAUGUCCUUGUGGCUAAGACCUUGUCGUCUUUGUUUUGUUUACCACUCUCUCUCGAGCUAUGUGACAAUUUUCGUGGGUCGAUGUGCGAUGUCCGCCUCCGCUUAAGGAUGCUCUGUAGUCUAACGCUCGUUUUCUACCUCCACAGGCGGCUAUCCGAAAGGAGUUGAACGAAUUCAAAAGCACUGAGAUGGAGGUGCAUACCUCGAGCAAGCACCUCACGAGGUAA